AUGCGCGAAAUUCUUCGUUCCUUGUUUUGCUUGCGUCGUGUACGAUAUGGAGUGGAAGAUGACCGACUUCAUAAUCAUUUAAAGUGCGAUGAAAAACGUCCUACAUGCAUCAAUUGUCUCAAUCACAAUGUGGAAUGCUCAUUCACUAGCGAUGUCCGGUCUAUAUCACCCUCGGAAUCUUCAAAAUCAAACCCCGAAGCACGGCCCUUGGUACAGAGAUUCAGACCCUACCAUUAUGCAACAGGGGAAAUGAAACAGACCUUCAGACUCUCCAAGUCAAAGGAGAGUCCAAAGGAAUCUAAAGCAUCUAAAGCGUCUCAACGCGAACUUUCUCACGAAGGCUGUAUCAAGAAUAUCUCGUUACCCGAUCUACAGCUCUUCCACCACUACACCAUUUCUACAUACCGCACCAUGCGAGUGGACGACGAAGAUGUACAUGAUCUAUGGCAAAAGCAUAUCCCCGAAUGGGGGAUCGAGUUCCCAUCUAUCUUGCACCUGAUCAUGGCUCUGUCCGCACUCCACCUGGGAUACCAGAAACCAGAACUACGUGGACAAUAUAUCGAACAAGCGGACAGCCAUUUCACCUUCGGCAUUCGCUCGGUCACGUCCGUCCUUGCCCAGCUGAAUGCCGACAAUUGCCAGCAGGUUUACAUGUCAGCUGUCCUGAUUUGUUUCAUCUAUUUCGGACGAGGCCCACGACCGGGCGAAUACCUCAUCUUCAGUGACCAUGGGCCUUCGGAAUGGCUUGUCCUCAUGAACGGAGUGAAGUCCAUUCUACAAUCGCACCAUGCGAAAAUAUUCAGUGGAAUCCUUGGGCCAAAGGGGAAUAAGCCUCCAGUGUAUAAGCUCACUCCUGCGCUGCGCAGUGAACUUCAUGAGAACGUCAUUCAUCUUCAAGCGGUACAGCGGUUCGUCGAAGAGGGAGAAAUGGACCUUCAUGAACGGGAGAUAUGCGUGUCUGCUAUUCAAAAUUUAUUUGAGAUGGUGAAGGAGCUGUACGAUAAAUUGUCUGUGGGAAUGCCGGGUGUGUUCUUGAUGGAUUUGGUGAUCGGUUGGCUUUAUCGUCGACCUGAGGAGUUUGUUCAUUUCAUAGAGCAGAAGCGGCCCAAGGCUCUGGUCGUGCUUGCAUAUUGGGCAGUUUUGUUGAAGUUUAUGGAGACGACGUGGUUCAUGGAAGGCUGGUCCGAACAUGUGUUGAUGGGAAUAUCGAGUUCCCUGCCUUUCGAUUAUCAUCUUUGGCUGGAAUGGCCUUUGCAAAAAUCCCGGCAGGUGCAAUCAGGCACGUCAUAG